CCCGAGUUACGCGCUCUGCAGCGCUGCCGUGACGUCACGCCCGGGGUUUCCAUCCAUCGUGAGGAGUUUCUGAGGAGCUCGGCGGCGUCAUGGCGGCUGCCUGGAGAUAAGGAGCUACUUGGUGGCCGAGGGGGAUAUCGAGUCGCCGUGAGGCAGCCAGCGAGCGGCGGGAGGGACGUUUAUCUUCCCCGGGGCUCCGGUCGGUGUUGAGGAAAGGCAGCGCGAGGCCAGCCUGCUCCGGCGCUACUGUAAACAAAGGCACGAUAGAAGUCUCCUUGAGCGGGGAUUGGAGGGGGAGCCGGAAGGAGGCGCAGGCCCCGGGCCGCACGCACACAGCCAGGCCUCAAUGUGAGCCGAGCGCACAGGACACAGGGUGUUUGGGGAAUUGUUACUCUUCUAGCAGUGUUUUUCUUAACAAGCAAGCAUCCUUAUGAUCAAGUAUUAACGUCUGGAUUUGUACAUAUUUCUUUUAAACCUGUGAUUUUUUGACAAUGAACGGGCACAGCGAUGAAGAAAGUAAUGGCAGUGGAAAUUCAAGUAGCCGAUCAGAUGAUGAAUCUGGUUCUGGCUCAGGGUCCUCAUCUGGCAGCAGCAGUGGUGGAAGCAGUAGCCAGUCUGGGAGCAGUGAUUCUGAUAGUGGUUCUGAAUCUGGAAGCCAGUCUGACUCUGAAUCGGACAAUGCAGAACAAAAGCCAACUGUUCAGUCAAAGCCACCAAGGAUGGAUGGGGCUGAGUUCUGGAAAUCAAAUCCCAGUAUUCUUGCUGUGCAGAAAUCGGCGAUGAUAAGAAAACAGCAGCAGCAGCAACUACAACAGCAGAAACCACCAGCAUCUUCAAAUAGUGGCUCAGAAGAGGACUCAUCUAGUAGUGGUGGCUCUGAUGAGGAUUCUUCAAGUGACCAUAAAAAGAAAAAACGCAAAGAUGAAGAUUGGCAGAUGUCCGGCUCAGGUUCUCAUAGUGGCUCUUCAUCGACCAGUUCCAGUUCAGAUUCUGACUCAGGGGGGGAUAGACAGAAAAACAGCAGUAGGGACAGCGAAUCUGAUUAUGAACCGAGCCUUAAAGUAAAAAACAAGAAAUCUCAAAACAGGGCCAAAGUUAAAAAUGGGAAGAAGAUUAUUGGUCCAAAACAAGAUGAAGAUUCCUCAGAUGAUGAUGAUGACUAUGAUAAGCGAGCAUCUAGGCGACAGGCCACUGUAAAUGUCAGUUAUAAGGAAGAUGAGGAGAUGAAAACAGACUCUGAUGACUUGUUAGAAGUAUGUGGAGAAGAUGUUCCUCAACCAGAAGAAGAUGAGUUUGAAACAAUUGAAAGGGUGAUGGACGCUCGUUUUGGGCGAAAAGGAGUUACUGGUGGUACUACAACCAUUUAUGCAAUAGAAGCUGAUGGUGAUCCCAAUACUGGUUUUGAAAAGACAAAAGAGCCUGGCGAAGGCCAGUAUUUAAUUAAAUGGAAAAAUUGGUCUCAUAUUCACAAUACAUGGGAAACUGAAGACACACUAAAGCAGCAAAAUGUAAAAGGAAUGAAAAAGAUGGAGAACUACAAGAAAAAAGAGCAGGAAACCAAGAAAUGGCUAAAAGCAGCAUCACCUGAAGAUAUUGAGUAUUUAAAUUGUCAACAAGAACUUACUGAUGACCUUCACAAACAGUAUCAGAUUGUGGAAAGAAUCAUAGCUCAUUCAAAUCAGAAAUCUGCAGCUGGAUACCCUGAUUAUUUCUGCAAGUGGCAAGGUCUUCCGUAUUCAGAGUGCAGUUGGGAGGAUGGAGCACUUAUUGCUAGAAAAUUUCAGGCACGCAUUGAUGAAUACCUUUGCAGAAAUCAGUCCAAAACUAUUCCUUUUAAGGAGUGCAAGGUUUUGAAACUGAGGCCAAGAUUUGUUGCUCUGAAGAAACAACCAUCAUAUAUUGGAGGGACGGAUGUACUGGAGCUUAGGGACUACCAGCUUGAUGGCUUAAACUGGCUUGCUCACUCGUGGUGCAAAGCAAACAGUUGCAUUCUGGCUGAUGAAAUGGGAUUGGGAAAAACAAUUCAGACGAUUUCUUUCUUAAAUUACUUAUUCCACGAACACCAACUGUAUGGACCUUUUCUUAUUGUUGUUCCCCUUUCAACAUUAACCUCCUGGCAAAGAGAAAUUCAGAUCUGGGCACCUUUAAUGAAUGCUGUUGUGUAUUUGGGGGAUAUCAGUAGCCGGAAUGUGAUCAGAACUCAUGAGUGGAUGCACCUGCCGAACAAGAGGUUAAAAUUCAAUGUUUUAUUAACAACCUAUGAGAUCCUUCUUAAGGAUAAAUCUUUUCUAGGGGGCGUUAACUGGGCUUUCAUAGGAGUUGAUGAAGCUCAUCGGUUGAAGAAUGAUGAUUCCCUUUUGUACAAGACCAUGAUAGAUUUCAAGUCUAACCAUCGGCUUCUUAUCACUGGAACACCAUUGCAGAACUCGCUCAAAGAGCUAUGGUCCCUGCUUCAUUUCAUCAUGCCAGAAAAAUUUUCCUCCUGGGAAGACUUUGAAGAGGAACAUGGUAAAGGCAGAGAAUAUGGCUAUGCCAGCCUCCACAGAGAACUUGAGCCAUUCCUCCUAAGAAGAGUUAAAAAAGAUGUGGAGAAGUCAUUGCCAGCAAAGGUGGAGCAAAUUUUAAGGGUGGAGAUGAGUGCUCUGCAGAAACAGUACUAUAAGUGGAUUUUAACAAGGAAUUAUAAGGCUUUAAGCAAAGGUUCCAAGGGCAGUACCUCAGGAUUUUUAAACGUCAUGAUGGAGCUAAAGAAGUGUUGUAAUCAUUGCUACCUCAUUAAGCCACCAGAUGAUAAUGAAUUUUAUAGCAGACAAGAGGCUCUACAGCACUUAAUUCGGAGCAGUGGGAAACUUAUUCUGUUGGACAAAUUGUUAAUACGUUUACGUGAGCGUGGUAAUCGAGUCUUGAUCUUUUCUCAAAUGGUGCGGAUGCUGGACAUCCUUGCAGAAUAUUUAAAGUCUCGACUGUUUCCGUUUCAGAGGUUGGAUGGGUCCAUCAAAGGAGAAAUAAGAAGGCAAGCACUUGAUCAUUUUAAUGCUGAAGGCUCAGAGGACUUUUGCUUCCUCCUCUCUACCAGAGCUGGUGGCCUGGGCAUAAACUUGGCUUCGGCUGAUACAGUUGUCAUUUUUGAUUCAGACUGGAAUCCGCAGAAUGACUUGCAGGCUCAAGCCAGAGCUCAUCGAAUAGGACAAAAGAAGCAGGUAAACAUCUAUCGGCUGGUGACCAAAAGCUCUGUAGAGGAAGAAAUUAUUGAAAGGGCAAAGAAAAAAAUGGUGUUGGAUCAUCUGGUUAUUCAGCGAAUGGACACUACCGGCAAAACUGUUUUACACACCGGAUCAACACCUUCUAGCGCUACACCUUUUAACAAAGAAGAGCUUUCUGCCAUUUUAAAGUUUGGUGCAGAAGAAUUAUUCAAGGAACCUGAAGGAGAAGAGGAGGAGCCCCAGGAAAUGGACAUUGAAGAAAUCUUGAACCGAGCGGAAACCCGUGAAAAUGAAGGUGGACCAACGACUGUAGGAGAUGAGCUGCUUUCACAAUUUAAGGUUGCUAACUUUGCUACAAUGGAUGAGGAUGAUAUUGUGGAAACUGAUCGCAAUUCAAAAUCCUGGGAAGAAUUAAUUCCUUCAGACCAGAGAAGAAGAAUGGAGGAAGAGGAAAGGCAGAAAGAGCUUCAGGAAAUCUAUCUUCUUCCUAGGAUGCGCAAUUGUGCAAAACAGGCUAGUUUCAAUGGAAGCGAAGGCAGACGCAGUCGAAAUAGAAGGUACUCUGGAUCUGAAGACAGCGAUUCAGGGUCUGACAGAAAACGCCCCAAAAAAAGAGGUCGGCCAAGAACAAUUCCACGAGAGAACAUUAAAGGCUUUAGCGAUGCUGAAAUAAGAAGGUUUAUUAAAAGUUAUAAAAAGUUUGGUGGACCUUUGGAAAGGUUAGACGCAAUUGCUCGAGAUGCAGAACUUGUUGAUAAAUCCGAGAUAGAUCUCCGAAGACUUGGAGAACUUGUUCACAAUGGCUGCAUUAAAGCAUUAAAGGACUCUUCUGGUUCAGAGAGAACAGGGGGAAGGCGAGGAAAAAUUAAAGGACCAACAUUUCGUAUUUCAGGAGUGCAAGUUAAUGCAAAGUUGGUCAGCUCACACGAAGAAGAGCUAAUUCCAUUGCAUAAAUCUAUUCCUUUAGAUCCAGAGGAAAGGAAAAGAUACGUUCUUCCAUGCCACACAAAAGCUGCACAUUUUGAUAUUGAAUGGAACAAGCCGGAUGACUCAAAUCUUUUAAUUGGCAUUUAUGAGUAUGGAUAUGGCAGCUGGGAGAUGAUUAAAAUGGACCCGGACCUCAAUUUAACUCAAAAGAUAUUACCAGAUGAUCCAGACAAAAAGCCCCAAGCUAAGCAGUUACAGACCAGAGCAGACUACCUCAUUAAACUACUCAGCAAGGACCUUGCAAGGAAGGAAGCACAAAGGCUUUCUGGUGGUGGGAGCUCGAAGCGGAGGAAAGCUAGAGGUAAGAAGAAUAAAGUUGUGAAACCAGUAAAAAUUGAGGAGGAAAUAAAAAGCGAAUCUUCUCCACCUACAUCUGAAAAAUCUGAGGAAGAAGCGGAAGAAGACCAUGAAGAAGAAAAGGAAGAAGAGGUUCCGGUAAAAACAAGUAGUAAAAGGUCUAAAGUGGAAAAAGAAAAUGAUGAACGAACAGAACCUGAACCAGUUGUAAAAAAGGAGGUAGAGGAUAAGAAAGAAAUUAAGGACAGCAGCAAGAAGGAUGUAAAGAAAGAUAAGAGAGAAGAAAAAGAUGUAAAGGACAAAAAAGACGCUAAAACAAAAGAUUCUGUGAAAGAUAAGGAAAUCAAAGAGGAAAAGGUGAAUGAUGUGAAGCCUGAGAAGGAGAAACAGAAGAAAAACAUUUCUGCUGAAACCCCUGUUCACAUAACUGCCAGUAGUGAGCCUGUCCCAAUUUCCGAAGAAGCAGAGGAGCUUGAUCAGAAGACUUUCAGCGUUUGUAAGGAGAGGAUGAGGCCGGUCAAGGCAGCGUUGAAACAACUGGAUCGACCUGAAAAAGGACUCUCUGAGAGAGAACAGCUGGAGCACACCAGGCAGUGCCUCAUCAGAAUUGGGGAUCACAUUACAGAGUGCUUAAAAGAAUAUGCCAACCCUGAACUAAUUAAACAGUGGAGGAAAAACUUAUGGAUAUUUGUGUCCAAGUUUACUGAAUUUGAUGCCCGGAAACUGCACAAGCUCUACAAACAUGCUAUCAAGAAGCGCCAGGAAUCUCAGCACAAUGACCAGAACGUUGGCAGCAGCGUGAACACAAUUGUACGGCAUCCAGAUGUAGAAAGAUUAAAGGAAAACACAAAUCAUGAUGAUAGCAGCAGAGACAGUUAUUCCUCUGACAGGCACUUAUCGCAGUACCAUGAUCACCACCAUAAGGACCGACACCAGAGUGAUUCCUACAAGAAAAGUGACUCAAGGAAAAGGCCCUAUUCCAGCUUCAGUAAUGGAAAAGACCACAGAGACUGGGAUCACCAUUAUAAGCAGGAUAGAUACCACAGUGAAAGCAAACACAGAAAGCUGGAUGACCACAGAAGUAGGGAUCAUUGGUCAAACACAGAAGGAAAUGUGAAAGAUAGAUCCCUUUCAGAUCAUCGAUCCCAUUCUGAUCACCGUUCUCAUUCAGACCACAGAUCAAGUUCUGAAUACAGCCAUCACAAAUCUUCCAGGGAUUACCGGUACCAUUCAGACUGGCAAAUGGACCAUAGGGCUUCUGGUAGUGGACCCAAAUCGCCUUUAGACCAGAGGUCGUCGUCUUAUGAUUCUAGGUCUCCUUUGGGACACAGGUCCCCCUUUGAGUGCUCAUCGGAUCACAAAAGCACCCCAGAACAUUUAUGGAGCGGGCGCAAAACAUAACACAUGGAGUGCAGUCCAGGACAUUAGCCAUAUUCAGUAAAAUUAUCACGGUGAUUGCCUUACAUGACUUGAAAGAAAUGGACUGCAUCUGCCCUGGGCAGACAUUACUACUUUCCUGAAUGCAAGGUCUAUUAUCACAAAAGAACAGAGAAUAUUUUUGUAUUUAAGGUAUAUGCUGCACUGUGCUGCAAUCGUGGCAUUUUUAAAAAAAAAUAAUUAAGAAAUAGACGUUUACUAUUUCGGAGACCUCAGCACUGCCCAUUUUGACUGAAUUCUAACAGAAAGCAUCAGAUGCCUGUACUAUGGAUACUUUGUGUUGGCCUAUGGUCCUGUUCCACGAGUCAGAAGAAAGGGGUUUUAUAUUGUCUGGAAAAUGCUCUCAAGGACUAUGUUCACUUUCCAAAGCUAUUUGUUUACAUUGUACACUGCAACCACCUUGCCGCUUUUCAUCAUAUGCUUGAAUAUUUAAAUCCUGUAACUAAACCUGUAAAAUAGCCUUUUUUUUGUGAUCAACUGUAAUAUUUUUUUUAUACAAAGUAAAACUGCUGUAAAUUAUUGUAAAUUAAUUAAAUGAACAUUUCCUUUC